CAACAAAUCUCCAACAUUUUCUAUCAUGCACCAACCUUCAAAACCUGUAUAUCACCAAUAACACUAAUCAGUAAUCACUCGAUCCCUCCCUGAUAACAUAUAACAUCACCAUGAGCACCUCCACUAAAACCCCCACCAGUAAACACCCGUUAUACCGCGGAAUACGCUGUCGUAGCAGAAAAUGGGUGUCCGAGAUACGUGAACCGCGUAAAACCACCCGUAUAUGGCUUGGGACGUACGCAACACCUGAGAUGGCUGCAGCCGCAUACGACGUGGCAGCCUUGUCACUUAAAGGCUGCCACGCAGAGCUAAAUUUCCCGGACCUUGCGGGAUCUUAUCCAAUGCCUGCGUCGCUUGAGCCAGCCUUCAUUAGGAGCGCGGCUGAGGCAGCAGCCGAGCUGGUGAAAUGUUCGGAUGUGGUCAGGCCCACUGGUGGCGUAGAGUUUGUGGAUGAAGAGGCAAUUUUCGGUAUGCCGAAUUUGUUGAUCGAUAUGGCGGAUGGUAUGAUGAUUAGCCCACCCCCGGAGGGAGGUAACGAUGGUCCGUCGGUGGUGGAUUCUUCCGAUUCUGAUAAUCUAUGGAGCUAUUAGUUAUUUCAGUAACAGGCGGAACCAAAACUUCUUUAUUAUGGUAGGCUCUUUUCACUACUAGCUAUGACUAGAGGGUCCUAACAAAUUCUUGUGAUUGAGGAAUCAGCGGACCCUCUGGAUCAUUGGGGAAUCAGCGGACCCUCUUGAUCCCUAUGGUUGCGUUUAUGAUUUUAGUUAUUUCAGUGAAGGAUUUGAUGUUUAAAACAGUUAUUUAUUUAUUUAUUUUGUAUGAGCAUGAACAAAUUAGUAUGCAUGCAUGAUCAAAUUAAAUGAUUUGCGUA